UCGGGGUGCUGCCCUGCGGGCAGAGCAGCUCCCUCGGCCCCGCCGCUGCGGGCUCCUGGCGCAUCUGCUGCCUAGAGGGAGAUGAGGAAAAAAACCACCCCAACCACAGAGCUCAGGAGAGCCAGCGGGCGAUGGCCGGCGUGGGCUGCCGUGGCUGAGCACGGCAGGGAGCGGCAGAACCCUUCACGCUCCUGCCGGGAGCGCGGCGGCCGCGGGGCAGCGGGACAUGCCCAGUGCGCGCGGCGGGCUCCGCCUCCGCCUGACCCGGAUACAGACGGCGCUGCCUCCCGGCCGCGAGCGUGGAGCCGGCCCGGCGCCGCCGCAGCAGCAGCAGCGGAGCGCCCCGGCCGUGCCAUGGGAUUGUGGUGACUGCCCGGCCCCGCCACCCGCCCGCCCCGCGGCCAUGGCCCCCAUGGGCAUCCGCCUCUCGCCGCUCGGCAUGGCAGUGUUCUGCCUGCUGGGGCUGGGCGUCCUCUACCACCUCUACUCCGGCUUCCUGGCCGGCCGCUUCGCCUUCUUCAUGCUGAGCGAGCCGGCGGCCGGCGGGCCCGAGACGCCCCACGGCUCUGCGCCCGGCGGCGCCGUGGACCUGCGGGAGCUGCUGGCCGUGUCCGUGCUGGCCGCCGUCAGGGGCGGGGAGGAGGUGAAGCGGGUCCGCGAGGGGAACGUCCUCAACGCCAAGGCGAAGGGGAAGACGCGAGAGGGGGCCGAGGAGCAGCUGACCACCGGCGACCUCCUCUCUAACCGCAGGAUGUUCUACCUGCUGAAGGGCGCCUUCCCCGCCGUGCAGAUAAAUUCUGAGGAGCGUGUUGAUACAGCUGAUCAGGAGACGGUCUCCUGGGAUCACAGUAUUCCUGAAGACAUAAAGCAAAAGAUACAGCCUAAAGAGGUGCCAGCAGAAAGUGUCACUGUCUGGAUCGAUCCCUUAGAUGCUACGCAAGAAUACACAGAGGAUCUUCGACAGUAUGUCACGACCAUGGUUUGUGUGGCUGUAAAUGGUAAACCAGUAAUAGGUGUGAUACACAAGCCCUUCUCAUCAUACACAGCUUGGGCAAUGGUGGAUGGUGGGUCAAAUGUAAAAGCUCGUUCCUCCUACAAUGAGAAGACUCCAAGGAUUAUUGUGUCCCGCUCCCAUGCAGGAAAAGUUGAGCAGGUUGCACGGCAGACAUUUGGAAAUAAAACUGUGAUAAUCCCCGCUGGUGGAGCAGGUUAUAAAGUGUUGGCCCUCCUUGACGUGCCUGAAAAGAAUCAAGAAGAAGCUGAUGUGUAUAUCCAUGUCACCUACAUUAAGAAGUGGGACAUAUGUGCUGGAAAUGCAGUGUUGAAAGCGUUGGGUGGCCAUAUGACCACCCUGACUGGUGAAGAAAUUAGUUACACUGGCUCAGAUGGCAAUGAAGGAGGACUUAUAGCCAGUAUCAACAUGAACCAUAAAGCACUAAUUGAAAAACUUCCAGAUCUGGAAAAAACGUCACACAAAUAAGCAUGACUGGUGGAAAAGUACAAGUUGUGCUUUUGUAGCCUCCAGAUGCUCUGUCUGAAGAAGCAGGUGUGAAAACCUGCUGGAAAAGAUGCACAGCAAAGCAAAGCAGUUUGGUGUGGGUUUGGGGACUAUAUCUUGCAUUGGGUUUUGUCAGUGGUGGUAUUUAAAAAUAAUAAAAUAAUAAUAAUAAUAAUUGGAAGUAGGAAGAGGAUGAUGGUCUCACA